CUGUCUUAUUUACUUAUCAAAUUUUCAUUUUUUACUUAUCAAAUUUCUUUUUUUUACUGGUACAAUUGAUAUUUUUUUACUGCUAUUCUGUAUAAUAAACUGAUCAUUUUCAUAUUAUUUACUGGUAAUCUAAGUACUGAUCAUUUAAUAUCUUAACUGAUCAUUCAACCUUUAAACUGAUCAUUUAUAUACUUUUUUACUGGUACUUUCGUCCAUUUUACAGAUCAAAUAAUUUGUUGCCUAGAAAAUUUUGCAUUGAAAGACUAAUAUUUGCCAUAAUCGCGAUAGUGUUGCAUUGAUUGUCUAAUUUAUACAUUCUACAAAAUCUUAUAAAAAUAGAUGAUGAUAUUGAUAAGAAACAAUUUCGAUUGGAUCAAAAUGAUUCUGAUACUACUAAAGAUACCAUAAUUCAAUUCGUAACAUGGACAAUAUUAAAAUUAAUUCUAAUGUUUAUGAAUACAAAUGAAGAUUGUCUUGUUUAUAUUAAAUAUGAAAAAAAUGUCAAAGAAAUUUGA